AUGACAAAUCUGACGGAGCUCGGCGAGCUUCUGUCUGAAAAUAAAUCCUGCGGGCCGUACGAAAUCCCCGCGCUGGAUGAAUUCAGUUCCGCGUACGCACCCAUUCACGUACCUCUGAGUUUGGGUAUCUGCAUUUGCGGCAUUAUCGCCAACAUCGUAAAUGUCGUGGUGUUGAGCCAUUCCACAAUGCGUUCCUCCUCAAACCUCCUUCUGGCAGCUCUCUCCAUCGGCGAGGGCACUGUGAUGGCCAUUUACACGUUUUACGUCAUUUUCUUUCGGAUGCUGGCCAGAUUCGAAAAGGGUCUCCCUCGAGCAUACGCCUACACCUUACUUGGGUACCUUUUUGCCCAGAAUCUGGUACACACAUUCUCCACCUGGAUGAUUGUAUUCUUGGCAGCUUUUCGUCUUAUUUUCAUGCGCGCCGGCGUCACCUCGACCAGCAUCUGUAGUUUCUCUCGGGCACGCAAGAUCAUCCUAGCUGAUUGCAUUCUCUCUGCUGUGUUGGCGAUUCCCUUUCUUCUAGCGCAUCAAGUAAAACCCCUGGAUGACGCAGCAUUAGAGUCUGGCACCGGGAGCGGCGCUGAUUUGGACGACAGUCCACAACACCCAACCGCCUAUGGGAUCGAUUUUGUGCCCAAUGGUGUACUUAGAGCGCUGCUGUUUUUGACAAGUGCAAUCUUCAUAAAGGCCCUACCGAUUGUCCUUAUGACAGCCUUCAGCGCUGGCCUGAUACACACUAUCAGACGUUCUGAAAAACGACGCCAGCGUCUACGUAACGAACGGACGGAGAGCAGUGAAGGCGCGACCAAGGAUGCCACGCCGAUGGCGUUCGUAAGCGCCAAACAGAGGGCCACAUGCAAUGAAUCCUCAACGAGGAAUAAACAUCAGACAACAAAUAUAUUAUUCGCGCUGAUUGUUCUUUACAUAAUAACCUACCUGCCUCAAGUAAGUCUACAAUAAUGAUUGCUCGUUUUUUUGGAAAUUCUGUGCUGUGUAUUCUCGAAUUUGCAGUUAAGCUUCUUAAUAUUCGAUCGGGCAAUUCAGUUUCUGGGCUAAUUUUACAUUCGUGGCAGGACAUUCACUGAUUAGUUUAGAGGACAUGCUCGUCUUAGCAAGGUUAAGGGUUUAAUCUGGAACCCUUGCUGACAUUUGCACAGCGACAAGUAACCACGCAGGUAUUGCAAACCUGGGACUGGGUAUUGUUGACUAACGAUAUGUAAGCCAGAAAUGGCCAGCACAGUUUUCUUAGUCUUUUUCGGUACUUCUUUAUUCUUGAUGCCGUCCUUUUGGAUUAAAAGAUAAAGUUUUACAAGACAGAGGCCUCGCGUUACUUUCAAGCUUUCGUCUUUGAGAGCAGCCAAACAUAAAUUCGGCAUGUGCCCUCUAACCGACAAAGAGAUGUCCCAUUAGGCAUCAGCAAACCAGCAACUUUCACCUUAAAAUGUCGCUACGUAACAUGUUGUUAACUGAUGUUGUGUGCGUAAACACCAAAUCUACGGAAGAUCUCGGUAACAGCGGUUCACAUUUAAAGGGAGUAAAACCUGCCGAAAAUUGGAAAAUAAGUUAACGUUUCAAGGGAACUCGAUAAGAAAAAUGUGCAUUUCAACUACAGAUGUACAGAUCGUGAAAGAAAGCCCCUAAUAAGCGUGAAGAUUGUCGACAGUUUGUAAGAACUCAAGUUUGUACUAUUGCAUUGGAGGAUUCCGCAAUAGCGAACCCAUUAAGGUUUUCAACAGCCGACGCUUAUGUCCAUAAAGCAUGGGCUGUUGAAGAAAAACAUAAAUGCACUAUGGACCGCGAUCUAAGAUUAUAUAUAUUCAUGAAGGCAUAGAUGCACGGCGAUCUACGGCCUUCCGUAGCAAACACUUCCGAGUGAUUAGACGUCAUAAAUCAGCAACCACCUAGGAGAUAUACUUGCUACGGAAAUACUUGUAGACUGGUAAAAUACUGCAUCUUGCUUGCUCUGCGUUUGCCCAAACAUUGUCAGCCUUGACGCAUGGCGCACCUAGACGAACCAUUUUGGUCUGUGGCGAAACAUAAUAUCAAAUGGAGGCUACUCAUUAAUCGCUGCACAAUUGACUGUUUAUAACCAAUACCGCAAACCGCGUCUAUGGACUAUUUACGCUUUAUGCUCCAAACGACUACUACGAAUAUGGUUAACAAAAUAAGGGUAGAAUGAUCCCGAAUUAACGCUAUGUAAACGCACGCCUAUCUCUGAUAAUGCGCUUCUGACAUACACGAGUUUGGCUAGACAGUUGAUCAUACAACAGUCAGCAAGGAGGGCAACAUGAGUGUUGCCUGUCUGAAUGGGCCUAUUUAACUUAAGACUAGCUUUGUGUACAUCAAUCCGGAGGGGUUGGUAGACCGCGUUGGUGAGAGAUACUCGGUAGUUUUACUGGAACAAUCUAUACCAAUGGUCCGAUGAACUGUUCGCUCUACGGCACAAGCAUUCGUUUGAUUUUGUCAUGUUAUUGAACAGAAAAAGAAUAAGCAGAAGGCUUUGGGUGUGUGGUUUCGGUUAAAACAAAGAUAAGAUAACAAGAUAUCUGACAGAAUAAUAAUAAUGAGUUUGUUCGAUUCUGACAGUUUUCUUUUGUUUGGGGUGACAUUUUAGCGACUUUGAGGUACAAUAACCGAGUAUAAGGCUUCAAAACACAAGGCGUUCUCUUGGAAAAAGGUUUAGAAGGAAUCGUUAGGCGUUCACUUUUUAGCAUGGAAAAAUUAUAUAUAUGAGAAUGUAAGAUGAUCACAGGAAGUAUGAUUAAAUUCUCCUUGAAUUUAAAAUCGUAGCCCUUGUGAGAACGCUACCUUCUCAGUUAUAUCUGGAAGGGCGUAUUUUCACCUAAAUCAGCCGUAUAUGUGUACGUGUAUUAGCAGAGAAGGUAGUCUUAAGAAUUCUUGUUGGAUUGUUUUGGUCUCUUAAUAGAAUUCAUUGUAAAAUCAUUGGAGGCGUGUCGCACGUCAUGCAAGUAAGAUGAAGGUUGCAUUAGUGUGACCUUAGUUACAAGCUAUUUUCCACAGUCGCUGCAUUCGGAGGUGGUGUCGGCAGGCGCUGGACAUCAAGUCUCUUGUUGUCGAGCAUGAAUCCUAGGAUAAGUGUGAAUGGAUUCGACGUUUCACAGUCCUAUUUGAACGUGCCAUCACCAACCAAUUUAAGGAUAAGGUAAAUGCCAAGUGCCAAAAACGUAUUUGAACACCAUUCGGAUAAACACCCAGCAACAAUUCCAGUGACCUUCUCUUGGUUAGUUGAUAACGCACACCCUGGAAGACUUACUGUACGUCAGCUACGCGAUUAACGCGCAAGAUGCCAUAUUUGCGAAUGUUUUAUUUUCGGGAAAACUACAAACUUUCUGGUCGUUGAAGGCAAAUAAAUAACAUUUCUCAGGCCGGUACUAGAGGGAACGGCACAUCUCCGUCGCAUUGCGAGUAGGUGAUUGUUAAGCGUUAUUGCCUGGCGUUCGCCGCUAAUUCUGAAGUAGUAAUUUAGAUAAUAAUGUCAACUCAUGCGACGGAUCGCCUUUGACAUGACUGUGAGCAACGCUCAAUGUUAUGGUGCAUGAAUAGGUUUGAGUAGUUGUCUCCGGUGAGAAUAACAGUUCGAGCGUCGUGACCGAAUAUGUUCACCGUGUGCCCCACCGCAGGGUGAGAGCAGGCACGGUGACGUGUGCGUGAAUAAGUGUAUAGAGGUAGUAGACUUGCACUGGAUCUACCACACUAUAUCAUCCUCUCCCACUUGGGUCAGAUGUCAAGGAAUUUUCUAGAAGACCGGAAGUGGGAGAGGGCGCAGGCGACUGGCACGGCCGAAUUCGCGCCAAAGCGUGCCACCACAUCUCCUGGUCCAUAUGCGUAAACUAAGUAAUAUUUUAUACAACAAAAAGGUUGCAGGUGACUAUGACUUCAGUGGAUGUGACGUGGGCCGGCAAAUGGGCCCGUCAUCCUCCCCCCCGAAUGUUGGUGUUUGUCAUGGUGGCUAGUUUGGCGGUAGAUGCGCUGGACCAACAUGGGGGCCCUAUUAAAUCCUCCGGUCAGCGUAAUUCAUUCAUACAAAAUAGCUUCACAUCCUAUAAUGUGGUUUUACAUACUCUCUCGCUGUAUUUCGGUCAGAAAAAUAUGUCUGUAGCUCGCCUUAGCUCCACUUUCUGGUGACAAUGACAAGUCCUUAGCAGGAAAUAUGAAGACAAGGGAGAUAUGACUCUACUAGUACGUUUUGAACGCGGAGGUCACAUAAACAGAAGGCAUAACAUGACCGUUGGACAGGGUGAGGACGUUUACUAGGAAAGUCUGGCAGCGUUUGAACUGGUGAUGAGAGUUCAAUGGUACCGGAAAUGGUUCAAUGGAAAUCAUAAGUAACUGUCUUCGGUACGGGACUGUUUGAGUCCUAAACACAGACUCUUGUAGUGAAAAUUCAAGUCAACAGGACGAUUGAUACGGUUUGUGUACGAAUACCAAGGUUCAAGAAAUUUUCAUGACUUUUUUUAUGCACGGUGACAACCAUCGCAACAUCUGCCGAAUUGAGGCGGUGGCUACCUUUGAAUGCGGAAUGAAGGGUCAUGUAGACAGACUGUCAACGUAUCUUCGUCAUUUCCAGUACCAAGACGACGAGUAAUACGGCUCCAUUAAAUGGGAGAAAAAUCAACACUUGAAAUAUUGUGUAUGAUGUUAGUUCACUGCACUUCCCGCAUUGAAUUUCUACCCUCGCCCCUGUGUGCGUUAUCUUGGUGUAUACGUUUGGGAAGGCAGGUCGUACAUGUGGCGUGCCUAAACGGGGUCGCUAGUUCUUCCAGACACUGGGUCAACUUUCAGCACCAGAAAUUUGCCGGGUUUUGACAAUGGACUUGUGUCCGGUCGUGGGAAUAGGGAGUGAGGUCGACGUCUCAGAGCACUUCCCUCAGCUUAAAUAAUCUGACGCGCUUAAAUCUAUCACGGUAUGGUUAACGUCGAGGCUUGAAAGAUUGCCGGUUGACAAAAUAACUCGGACCACGCAGUUAGUCCGGUGUGUUUUGUGUGGAUUGAUAAUUGGCUGUAAUAGCUCCUUAAUGUAGCCUCUACGGUAAUCCCAUUACGUGGGGCAAGGGUCGACUGUGACGGCACGCCUAGGCUUAGCUCCGACCGCGCCAGCCAUCUGUGCCCUUCCCCACACCCAGUUUUCUCGACGUGAUCAUGACACUGGCCCCAGGAGGGGGAGGAGACAGGGGAGGUUAGGGACGACGCUGUGGGGGUUCAUUAUUCCUUUUUUCGCGCUAGUCAUCGUUCCUGUUCUCAGUCUACCGUUCUCAGUCGAUGGAAACCGACAAAUAAACUUGUAGGCAUUAGUUUUAUUUGAGGCAGCGUUGUCCAGAAAAAGAGCGAUAGCUUCGCUGCACUGGCCUUCUCGUGCCCAGCGCUAUUUUAAGCAUAGGUACGCCUACACACUUAGUAUCAACCGCUCAGUAUGAAGAGCUGCGUGCACGGCUCAUUGAGCCUCUGCGCCCAUCCCAAAGCAACAGCCGCUGAUCUCUAUCGAGUUAACUGGAGAUCCACUGAACCGUCAUGCUCGUUGCUAAAACGGAGGGCAGUUAUCACAAGCCAAUCGCCCGCCCCUCCGACCUUUACUCUUGUGUUCUCUUCGUCUUACCCCGCAGAACUGUAUUCCAUGUAUUUCUCUAGAGGCAAUUCAUGCUGAAUACGUAAUAACUGGAAGUACAUUUAACUUCAGUUCUACUACAUGCAUGCUUAUGUGUAUUAAGAUUUUGUUUCGGUAGAAAAAGCUUUUAUCAUACUUAGAAAGCGUCAGAAUAAUGUAAGAUUUUCAUAAUACUAUCUUUUAAUAUCUAAAAACUCCUUUAACUGCAAAAUACUGUCACGAUGAAAGUUCUUGCAGGUUCAUGCAUAAUUGUUAUUUAACUACCAAAUGAGGUAUAAUUUUUGCAGAGAAGCGUUAGUCAUGAAUAAAAAGUUACACAGAAACCAAUAAGGAAUUUAUUCUGCGUGCGAUUUACAAAAGUGAGUGAGACGACGGUUAAUCCAAUGCUAUGGACCUGUCGAGUAUUAAGUAGUUUACGGUUCAUGAUGGUAAUUCGUGCGAACGCACGUUCCUGGCCUACCUCAUGUUAUUCAGUAUGUGCUGUUUUUCCCAUCGACGUCAUUUGCUUCUUAUUUUUCCAUAGGAAUUUUAGUAACUCCAAACCAGUUAAGUAUUUUGAAAUUAUCUGCAAUUUUGCGGCUCUGCCAGUUACAUGAACACCGUUGCUUUUUGAACCCUGCAAUUUUGGGAACACCAACCUCAGAUGGACUUGCGUUACCCCUCUUUUGCUCUGCCUACAGCCGGCUUGACUGACUCGGAUUAUCGAGGUCACGUCCCGUGUAACCCUGCUACAGCAGUCAAAACGUCGCGGCUUAUCCCAGGUCAACCUGACACAUCAUGAGCAAAGAUAAGCAGCAAAUAUUGCCGCCACCGUUGGGUCAAUAUGGCUAAAACUGCUAGGCGAUGAGGGCAAAAAUUUGGCGUGUGCACAGAUCUGCGGAACAUUUAUCGACACUUAGAGUAGAUGUGCUAACUCAUGAAAUGUCAACCAAAAUUUCGAAAUGCGUUCUCGUCUCGAAAAGAAAAAUUAAAAAGUGCUUUAAAACCAAUCAUGAUGCAGCAUAAGUCUAUAAUGAUCCAGUUACAUCAGGGUGUUGGCUUUCAAAAGAACUUUUUUCGGCUGCAUGCAAAAUCUAGACUCUGCAAAAAAUGAAUAAUAAAUGGCAUGCAAUUUUGUCAUUGAUUUUCGAUGCCCUAGAAAAUUCAAUUAUACUUCAUGGAAAUCAUGCAUAAAAAUAUUCAUUCUUUCACUUAUUCGGUAGAAAAUCACGUCUUCUUCCAAAAUUUAUACUCAAAAGAAGAGUAUAUUUCGAUUAUAAAAAGUAUUUAAUAAUGAGACAUUUUACUACCGUUAAAUGGCCGUUCAUGAAACGUCAUGUAUCUGCAUUUACGAAUGUGGCUUGCAAAGUUAACAAUAUUGCCCAAAUCCACUGCUUAAUUUUAUGAAACUCAUAUGGUCUCCUCUUAACACCGUAGAGAAAUGUAUGGUUUUCCGAACACGUAAAAUAUACAGCUUGUAGUUUUGAAACUCUGAAUGCAAGUGUAAAAGCAGGUCGCGUUCAAAGUCAUUCGAGAAUUAGAAAAGUUUUAUAAAAACCGAAUUAUACUCUUCUUUUGAGUAUGGAAUUGGAAGAAGACAUGAUUUUCUACCGAAUGAGUAAAAGAAUGAAUAUUUUUAUGCAUGUUUUUCAUGAAAUAUAAUUGUUUAAAUCCAUUGCUUAAUUUUUUGAACCUCAUCUGGUCUCCUCUUAACAGCGUAGGGAAAUGCAUGCAAUAUUGUUAACUGUACAGGCCACAUUUUUAAAUGCAGAUACAUGACGUUUCAUAACGGCCAUUUAACGGUAUUAAAAAAUCUCACAAUUAGAAACUUUUUUAAAACCGAAUUAUACUCUUCUUUUGAGUAUGAAAUUUGAAGAAGACGUGAUUUUCUACAGAAUACAAAAGAGAAGGAAUAUUUUUUUGCAUGUUUUCCAUGGAAUAUAAUUGAAUUUUCAAGGGCAUCGAAAAUCAAUGAGAAAAUUGCAUGCCACUUAAGUAGUAAUUUUCUGCAGAGACUAGAUCUCGCAUUCAGCCGAAAAUAAGUUCUUUCAAAAGCCGACCCCCGGAGGUAACUGGAUAAUUAUAGACUUAUGCUGUAUCGUGAUUAGUUUUACAACACUACUUAAUUUAUCUUUUCGAAACGAGAACGCAUUUCGAAAUUUUGGUUGACAUUUCAUGAGUUAGCACAUCUACUGUAGAGAUUGGUUUUAAGCAGAAUUGAUUUUAACUGGGACUGCCGCUCAAAGGAAAAAGGAACGGAUUUGAAAAAAUAUCGAUACAGCUGAGCGUAUAAGAUUUUAGCUUGACUGCUCUCCAGUCACAUACGCGGGCAUGGUUUUUGGAGUUGCAAUGACAAAGGCGGAAACAUAUACAUCAGCACUUGUUGCGAAUAAACAUGCUUUCACGAUCGCCCUUCCUCUCAGCGAUUGAAAACUCCUGAUUUAUAAAAGUGCCACAAAUAAAAUAGACCUUCAUGCUGCUUGUUGCAUCAAACCUUACUGGCAAUACACAACGACAACAGCUAUUGGCAGAAUGGCAUUACCGACAAAGUAAGACUGGAGUGGCCAUUUCUGGCUUAUUAGCCGUUGUCAGCCAGCCAUACCCAAGCCCGAAGUGUGGAACACCUGAGCCUCGAACUCGCGACCUGUUAGUUUAGAAGUCCACGCCUCUAUCCACCGGGCCACGAGCCCGUUGCCCUGUCGGUUUUUGAUCGGGAAUAUACAAUGCUAAGGGGCGCUCACCGAUCGUUCAUACGGAACUCACUCGUUCCGUUGUGUUAUUGCCUAAUGAUUCAAUCAAAAUCUUACGGAUUUAUUCCUGCCUAAACACCUGUCGAAGUACUCAGUAUGCAUAUUCUCUGAGACGCAUGUAUUACUUUCCUUAAAGAUAUUUUAUGCGACACCACAUACGUGUAAGCAGUUGCGCUUUGAAGAUGAAGUUAGUGCAUUAUCUUAGCUGCUUUAGAAACUUGGAGACGCUAUCUAUAGGUCCGUUCAGAAAAAGCUAUCUCGGAAAUUGUAGCAACGAUGGUGGUCAUCCAUGGAAAACAGAAAUUUUACAAAAUAUUUGCGAUAUUUGAAUAUGAAUCUUGACACGAGUUAAUGAAUCCUGCGAGCCUCCUUAUCCCUCGUAACAGAAUUUUAUGUAAUAUCUCUGUCAGACAUUAAACUAAAAGCAAGGAAUAUAUUGUAUUAAAAAUGCAAAUUUCGGUUACACUUUCGUGAAUUUUGGCGAAAGGUUUGUGCGUCGGAUAGUUUACGGGGCAGAAAUGCAUUAGCGGACACUUCUCAACCUUAUGCGACCAAAGCAAGUCGAUCUACGUGCAAUGAGCUGAAAAGCCCGGCUAUCAAGGUAAAGGGACGGACUGUUUUUUCGGCAGAUGAGAGAAGUUAACAUGUACAUCACUAUGACUAUGAGGCCGGUGUAUAAUGCAAAAACUAUCAUUAAAUUCAAACAAAUUCUUGGGCAAGGCAGCAGAGACUGCCGGUAAAAUGUGAAAAAACGGUUCGAUCCAUAUUGGGAAAAGUUAUUUUGUUCAUAUAAGUAUUUCAAACUGAACAGACUUAUAAAACAUCUUUAAAAAGGUGUCGGCCUUUGACGCAAGCGUUUACGAACGUUCACUAGCAGCAGCAAUGUUCCUGAGAUGCUUUUAUCUGAGAGCACUUCUAUUUAUUUGAAUAAAAUGAGUGCGGUUGUGCACAGAAGCAAAUCACACACUAUUCUACAUUUUCAAAGAUGCCAUUUCUAGAAAUCGCAGCGUGCACUAUUGACCCCGGCGCCGUAUUUCAGAAUGUUGAAAAUUUGAAAGGGACGGCGGAGAACACUUAUGGCGUUUUCCUAUACGGACCGUACCUCUGUGCACGUUUGAGAGUUUUAACUUAGAUUAUGUAGGCAGACGUUAUCUGGACACAUUCACUGUUAAAUUACGCAGGUAACUCCUAGCGCUUGUUCGUAAAAAACAGUCACCAACAAUUCCAAACUGCCUUUUUUAAAACUGCUUAAAUAAAAUUCUCUUUAUUGCAGAGGUUAAAGAUUUGUUCAAAUUUUACCUUUAAAGGCGUAUUCAAUGGUGACUUUUAUUCACUAAAACAGCCAAGUCGUCAUCUUUCUUAUUUUCCUGCGGCCGCUUCUAAUCUCUAGACUUUUAUCCAUCUAAUGCUGAAGAAGAUGUUUUUGCGGUUUUGGGAAAAACAAUAGCCAGCUCAUUUUAAAGAAAAUGUCAUUUGACAGAAUUCUGAAAUUUGAAUUCAAGCGAAUGAGUUAACGUUGGUGGAACCCCCCCAUAUGUUGCCCAGUAGUGGAAAAAUCUUUUAAGUAGAAAAGCCGCUGUGCACUCAUGCGUAGAGGGCGAUGCAUUUGGGUUUACUGGUUUGUGACAAAAUAAACAAGAGCGAUCCGAUUUACAGACAACCCAUGUCAGUUACUGAACAUAAAAAACUGAGUGUUAGCAGCUCUGAGACCAAAAACGUCUUUGCUCAAUAAAACAAACAAUCAAACGAUGAACGUGUAAUAUAUCCAAAGGGUUCAAUGUCAGCAAUUUAGUAAAUAUAGCGAAAUUUCGAUAACAUAUAUUUAAAACGGAAUUUCACAAAAACAUUUGCACUUUAGCGAGAUCGGUUGCCUCGAAGAAAAAGCCGCUUACUUAUUUGAAGGCAAAUAUUACCAGGGGUGAUCAUUAAGCGUGUCUUUAGCGCAGUACGCAAACAGGUUUGUCCUGGGAGAUAGAAAUGAAAGUCAGUGUAAAAAAUGAACAGAAUGAGAUGCCUCAGUGGGAUGGGUUGGUUUUCAUGGAUUUCGAAUAUUUGCAAUUUGCAACAUAAACGACAUAAAAAAAGUCCGAUGCGAGAAAAACUAUUUUACACGACAUCUGUUGGUUUUACAUGCGCUGCUGCAGACAGGACUGGUUCCCAGAGCCUAAUAAAUACGAGAUAGUCGAUAACAUUUCAUGACUGAAUCAAUCGUUUGAUAUUGGAAUAAUGCAAUGCUGAAAUAACAUCUGUCAGAUUCUCUUGGGGCUGCCAAGCAGAUUUGCAACUCUUGAGACUCGAGUCCGUGUUAUGCUCGUUAGAUGUCCAGAACUCUAACCGCUGAGUCACAUGCUUGUUGUCUUAUUCAGUGAGAUCAGGUAAUUAACUAUGAUAAUUUGGUGACCACCGGUCGCGUCACAAAACGUAAGCGGUGCGUCAACGUAUAGUUUUUCCUAUUGCCCUGUCAUAACGGCCAAUAUUUUACUUUUUGCGUUUUUUAUACUGCAUUCUGCCUACUGUCUUUUUUCCUACACUUAUAGUCUAUUAUGCUCAUACUUCACCAAAUUAUUGGUGAAUGCUUUGGGAGCAAUAUCUACGAGAAAUUGGGGGACUUUAUGGAUCUUCUCACUCUGCUGAAUAACAGCGGAAACUUUAUGCUCUACUGUCUAAUGUCAAGCCGGUUUCGGGAGACCUUCAUCUUCCUACUGAAGUCCUUUUUCAAGAAUUCAAAGCAAGCCAUCAACUCGAGACGUGGUGUUUAUUAG